AUGCCCAACUACAACCGUCCGGGCCUGGGUAGCAUGAACUCGAUGGGGUCUAUGAACACUAUGGGCGGUAUGGGUAGUGUGAACAGCAUGAUGUCGUCAAAUAACAAGAACGGGGUACGGAUGGGGAUGAAUUCCAUGAACUCCAUGAACUCCAUGGCCAAUGCCAACAACAGCAACAACACAAAUGGUAUGAUGGCGACGCAGCCAGGCAAGACGGGCCUCGACAAGUACGAGAGUUUGCUGUAG